AUGUCGCGCAGCCGUGUCUCGACCGGUUGCAGCUCGUAUGGCGCGGGGGACGGCGGCAGCGACGGGGAAGACGGCGGCGGUGACGGUGGCAACGAAUUAGGUCUGGCGCUGUCCUCUUCGCUGGAUUCGCUGGACACUCUACUAGUGCUGGGACUGCUCUCCGUCAGCGGUCUGGCGCGCUGCGUCGCCGACAGCGGUAUUAUUCUGAUCUUGACCAGCGCG